AUGGCUUCACUCGUAGCGUAUGGAAGCAGCGACGAGGAAGACGAUAUUCAACCGGAGAAGCCUGCUAAGAUUGAUCGAAGUGCUGCACAGCCAAACACGACCAGUUCCGAGACGCCAGCACCAACACCGGCGAAUCCAACACCAGCCUCAGCGAGCGUGGGACCAACUGCUGGUCCGUCGGCGGAACCAGCAGGCCCAAGUGCGGAAGACACAGACUCCGCUCUAUUCUCGCCAUACACCUACGAGCGCCAGCGAUUGCGCGAGCUCACAAUGCCCACCGUGCCCAACUUCGAUAUCCCGAAUUCGCCUCCACCUCCUCCCACCAACAGCGAAGAAGCAGCAGCUUUGGCGGCCACAACCAAGAAAUUCGAGCGAUUCUUGGAGCUGAAGAAGCAGGGCGUACACUUCAAUGAGAGGCUGCAGAACUCCACAUCGCUGAGGAAUCCCAGCUUGCUGCCGAAACUGAUGGACUUUGCGGGGAUCAGUCAGGAGGAUAGCUAUGCGACUAGCUUGUCGGAGGGGCUGGGCGUGGCGGUCACGUGGCCGGAGGAGUGUUAUGUGGAGAGCUUGGUGCGGCGGAAUGAGAGGAAGGAGAAGAAGAGGGUGGCGGAGAGGGAGAAGGUGGAGUUUGUGUCGGCGUCGAAGUCGGCGGGUUCGAGUGCGGCGGGGACGCCGGGCGGUGGUGGUGGGGAAGCGAAGAAGAGUAGAUUCGACAAGAGAUGA